GGUUGAUCUUUUCACCAUGCAAACUCCAAUUAUAUUCGUCUUUGGGAUCUUAGGCAACAUUGUUUCAUUUCUGGUGUAUCUAUCCCCAGCCCCAACAUUCCAUAGAAUUGUGAAGAAGAAAUCAACCGAAGGGUUUGAAUGCGUGCCAUACGUGGUUGCAUUACUUAGCAGUAUGCUAUGGAUCUAUUAUGCAACUCUCAAAUCAAAUGAGACUCUUCUCAUCACCAUCAAUUCCAUUGGCUGUUUCAUCGAGACUAUAUACAUCUCCAUUUAUAUCAUUUUUGCAUCCAAACAGGCUCGGCUAAGGGCUAUCAAACUAAGUCUGGUUCUUGACAUUAUUGGGUUCGGCUCGAUUCUAUUGUUUACACUCUUUUUCCUAGAAGGACCUCAGCGAGUUGAGGUUCUCGGAUGGAUAUCCGUAACAUUGUCUGCAAGUGUGUAUAUCGCGCCUCUAACCAUCAUGAAGCAAGUUAUUCGAACAAAAAGUGUAGAGCUCAUGCCAAUCUCACUCUCAUUAGCUCUUCUACUCAACGCUGUGAUGUGGUUUUUCUACGGUUUACUGCUCAAGGACAUCUACAUUGCAGUUCCUAACACGGUGGGAUUUAUAUUUGGACUACUCCAAAUAAUUCUGUAUGGUAUUUACAAGAACAGCAAGAUAGACUAUGCUGAAGAACAUAAACUUCCAACUGCUAUCAAGCCCGAAACGACGUCGAAUUGUGAGCAGAUACACCCUGUUUGCUCUCCACCUAUUAAAGACGACCAAGAUUUGGAUAUUACUGUUACAGUCGCAGUCGAAAAUGGGGGUGAAAGCGUUGUGGAGGCCCAACAAAGCACUGUGGAUUCUCACGAUCAGCCUAAUUAA